AUGCAGCGAUUGGAUCCGACCCGGCUCGAGGAGUUGACCAAGGAGUUUGUUGCGGGCAACUGGGGAGUUGGUCUUCACCGCCCGGUUCGCUUGCUGAAGUCCUUCGACGGCGCGAACAACUUGCUGGACAACCGGGGCCUCAUGCUGGUGGACGAUGGGCUGCACACGAUCACAGUGCUGUCCAAGCUGCAGGCUGGCGGUGGCGUCGCGUGCCCGAAGUUGCGUGACCUUUUCGAGAACGGGGUCCCGAUUGACUAUGUCUGCUACGCCGAAGACAGCCGGGACCUGCGGAUCUUGUGCCAGACCUUGGCCCAUGAUUCGGAGAGCAACCAGUUUAAGGAGACGAACUUGGAGCAGAAGCUCGCGGUCAUCAGAUCGCAGCGGGCCAAAGUUGCGAAUGGUGACCCGGAGCAGGCAGUGGAAGAAAUCUUGAAGAUCUACGGCGCCGGCAAGAAGCAGCUUGUCCACAAGUGGAAACGGGCUGAACUACACCUCCCCAAAGAGCUGCAGGAAGCCCUUGGAGUACCUCCUCUCUCUUCCAUCCCCCAGACAUACGUCUUUGACAAUCCGUUCUUGAUGGGGUUCGAUGCGAACUCGAAGAAGAAAAUGUCCGGGCGCUACGGGCUGACGGCCUUGCACCUGUGGGAAGACUACAAGACUCUUGGCAAAGCUGCGAAACAGGACCGGGCGACGAGCGCCUCGUGGUUCAAGACUCAUGUUUGUGCUCCACUGCGGGCGGCUGAAGUCUGGGAGGCUAGCAUCUGCAAGAAGUUCGGCCGAGUUGCCCAGGAGUGCCAGCAGUUUUGGCGGGUAACUCGGAGCUUGCAGACUCCUGCGGGAAUUGAGAAGGUGCGAAACUGCCAAUCUACGGGCGUGCCGCUGCACGGCACUUCUGACAGUCAAGCAGGCAUUGUAGAGUGCCGAACAAUCUAUUUGGAGAUGGCGAAGCAGCUGGCAGGCAGUGAUCCGCAGACUGGUCAAACGGCCACGGCAGAGGCAGGGACCGGUGGUCAAGCGCGCGCAGAGGCAGAUGAUGAAGAGAUGGCCACAGAGAUUGUUCUCGAAGUGGAGGAGGACCCAGAGCUUUUGAAGGCGAAGGCGAAGAUGAUCGAAGAGUUGAGCAAGAUCAUUACUUUUCGCUCAGCGCAAGACUUGAAAGAGGCCAUGAAGACACGGCUGCACCAGUCGCAGAGGGUCGGCUUCGUCAUCGACGCCCAGACAAGCAGCUACCUUGAACUUGUCCACGAGGCAGUUCAAAGCUUCGGCUUAACCCGCUGGACAAUCAUUGUCAUGGCAGGGCAUCGGCUAGAUCUUCUACACACCGUAUGCACACGUGCCAACACGCUGUUCAAGGCUGACAGCAGCAAGGCCAGCUCAUAUGUCGUGCAGGUUACCAGCGGACAAGAGCAAGUGCAGAAAAAGCGCCCUGGGUACGUGGCCUUGAUUCACAGCGCCUUUACAUCCAGUCUGGCGGUUCCUACUUCCAGCCCUUUGCUUACAUGCCGGGCAAAGCCCAUUGAGAGGGCGCGCCUGCGCUGCACGGACCGACACUGCAAGCACCGACCAGAAGAGGCUCAGAAAACGCUGGAUGAGACAGCAGGGCCAGACCAGGAGAUUAAUGGCGAAGAUUUGGAAGAAGAGAACCUGGAGAUGCAGGAUGACGAGAAUCCCACUUCCGCCGACAUGGACGAGGAUGACAUGAUGGACCGCGGCCAGGCUAAGAGAGACUUUCUUGUCGACUUGUUUCCCUACACAAGGCCGGUGGACUUCUACAAGCGCCUCAUGGAGGACGUCGCCCGGUUGCAGAGUGUCGGCUACAUCGUCGGCAUGUCCACUUCGUCGCACCCAGCCUUGCCGCUGGCCUGCCGGCUGAUGGGCACAGAUUGCUUGAUGUUGGUAGAUCGACCCACCCAGCACAGCAUCAAUCACGCCCACGCCAUCUGCGAGGACUACUUGCUGAAGAAGGCGCAGGUGGAGCUUAGCAUUUCUUUCAAGAGAAGGCUGCAGACGACCGAGCUGCAGUACAUCGAUGGCGGGAAGCUCGCUGCGGAGGACCAAGUAGUGGAGUGGCUGUCUCUGAGUGCCGACUCUGCGGAUAAGUUCUCAGGCAUCAACGAGUGGCCGAGCAACCUACGAGACAUCUCGAUCCCCCUGAUUCAGCAGCAGCUGGACGACCACUCGCUGGCUGUCGCGGAUUUCGCCGGACGUGGAAAGGGCCUGGUGGCAAUGAAGCCUCUGCGAGAAGGAGCGGCUUAG